AUGUCCAAACCGAACCAGCUCUUCCUUCUUGCCGACCACAUCAAACUCUCUCUCCUUGAGCGCGAACGUGCCCGGUCCCUCAACCUCGAUAAUGACACGCAGGAUGGCCACAUAAGUCGCUCCCUUGAUCAAUUCCGCGAGGGACUCGAAGCACUGCAGGAGGAGCAAAAGAGGUUAACUGAAAAUGGUGACGACAGCGCCGCUCAAACCAUCGCCGACGCCCUCCCCUCGCUCCAAAAGCAAUUCGCCGACCUCAGCUCCAAAUUCCAAGGCGACACCUCCGCCCAAACCACCAAAACCCUCCGCCAUCCAAACGACGCCUCCCUCGCCCCCGACUUCGCCCACGCGCAAUCCACCAAACCGCAACCCCGCAAAGCCAACCUCCGCUCCUCCUCUUCCUCCGCCCCCGCCUCCGCCCCCGCCUCCGCCCCAACCCCAACACCAUCCACCACAAAAGUAGUCCGCUUCUCCGACUCCCCGCUCCCGGGCCCCAAAUCCUCCUCCCCCCUCCCGCCGCCAGAUGACGACCCGGACCGCGCCGCCCUCUUCGGGCCCUACCGCGACGACCCCUCCGCCGACGGGGAGGGCUACCGCGACGUCGCCGGCACCAUGGACAACCAGCAGGUCCACGCCUACCACGCGCGCAUCCUCGAGGACCAGGACGAGCACCUCGACCGCCUCGGCGAGAGCAUCGGCCGCCAGCGCGAGCUCUCCAUGCAGAUCGGCGACGAGCUCGACGCCCACGUCGCCAUGCUCGACGACGUCGAGGCCGCCACCGACCGCCAUCAGGGCCGCCUGGACCGCGCCCGCCGCUCGCUGGGCCGCAUCGCCCGCGCUUCGGGCGAGAGCAAGCAGAUGGCCACCAUUAUUGCCCUCAUUAUCAUACUUGUGCUCCUCAUAGCCAUUCUGAAGUGA